UCUACAUGUUUAGACAUCUAAUGGAGGGGGAAGCACCAGGAACCUUGAACUUCGAAUUCUAUAACAAACAACCUUGGUCAGCUCUUCCUCUUUACAAUUAUUGUUCAUUCAUUGAAGAUUAAUGAAUGAAUACUUGAUAUUUGAAUAUAAUUGAUAAGCAAUUCUCCUACCUGUCUUUCAAUUACGGCCCAACUACAAAGAUACCAUAGGAUACCAUCACAGGUUGUUCAACCACAAAAGGAACAAUGUCGUCUGUUAAGAUAGCUCCUUUCGAGCACACCUCUCUUGAAUCCAUCCCCACCACGGCCAAACUACUCCGAACAACCUUUCGUUCGCAAAGAACCAAACCAAUCGAAUAUCGUUUGAAGCAACUUCGAAAACUCUAUUGGGCUAUUCACGAUAACAGCGAUGCUCUUAUCGAAGCAGAAAAGAGCGAUCUUGGUAAACCCGCUUUCGAAACUUGUCUUACAGAGAUAGAUUGGACGAAGAAUGAUAUCAUAUUUAUUUGCAAGAAUUUGAAAAAAUGGAUGAAGGACGAGCGGGCACCAGAUAUUGCCCUCACCAAUACUCUUUUCAGCCCUAGGAUCAGAAAGGAACCCCUGGGUACUGCUUUGAUAAUCGGCGCAUUCAACUUCCCGGUUCAGUUGUCGCUUGGUCCUUUUGUUGGAGCUAUGGCCGCAGGGUGUACAGCUAUGUUGAAGCCCUCAGAACAGGCGCCCAAAACUGCCAUGGUAUUGAAGAAGAUUAUGGAAAGUCUCGAUCCAGAAGCAUAUAAUAUCGUCAAUGGGGCUAUUCCCGAGACGACCACUUUGUUGAACGAGAAAUGGGAUAAGAUUUUCUAUACUGGAGGCGCGACAGUAGGAACCAUCAUCGCGAAAAAAGCUGCGGAGACUUUGACCCCGGUCGCUUUGGAGCUUGGUGGUAGAAACCCAGCUAUCGUAUCAAAGAAUGCAGAUCCUGCUCUUGCGGCUAGAAGAUUGUUAUGGGGUAAGACACUUAAUGCUGGGCAGGUUUGCGUCGGCCAAAACUAUGUUAUGGUGGAAAAAGAAAUACUGGAUGCUUUCAUUGAGCAACUCAGGAUCGCCUAUAAAGAAUUCUACCCUCAGGGUCCCAAAGCUAGCCCUGAUUAUGGUCGUAUCGUCAACAAUAGACAAUUUUUAAGAAUCAAGAAGAUGCUUGAUGAUACGAAGGGAAGCAUCCUAAUUGGUGGAGAAUUGGAUGAGGCCGAUAAUUUCAUCGCGCCAACUGUGGUUUUGGUUGGUAGUAAAGAUGAUUCAAUGCUGGUGGAUGAAUCUUUUGGUCCCUUGAUUCCUAUUCUUCCAGUCGAUAGCCUUGAUGAAGCCAUCAAUAUUGCUCACGAUGUUCACGCGACUCCAUUGGGCUUCUAUCCAUUUGGAACGAAGGAAGAAACUGAUAAGCGUAUGUAUAACUCUCAUAUUGUAUUUCUUUCCUUAUCUGUAUAUGUAGAUGAAAAGAAUCUCCAGGUGAUUCUAUUUACUCGUAUAAUGGGUUUUGUGAGAGGAAAAUGGCAACUGUUCGGUGCUGGCGAUCGCCUCUGAUAGUAGUUUACUAUAUUAUACAGAUAGUUCUGUGUUUGCGACGCUACGUCAUCUUCACGACGCGCAUUCGUUGGUAAUCAAUGUUAAGAUCAAUGCCAAGUGAUGUAUAUUACGAUUCCCGUAUCCACAUUUCAGCUACCCUUAUGUAUACAUCAUUAACACUUCUUCUAGUACUCAACAGCAUCACAUCUGGUGGUGCUACCGUCAACGACGCCUUCUUCCACGGCUCGAUACCUAAUCUUGCCUUCGGAGGCGUUGGCGAUAGUGGAACUGGUAGUUAUCGAGGCCAGCAAUCCUUCCAGGCCUUCACUCAUCGUCGUUCCGUUGCCACAACUCCUAGCUGGAUCGAGAAAAUGCUCAAUGUCCGCUACCCACCAUAUACCAAUGCCAAACUCGUCCAGUUCCGCAAAACCAGUACGAAAAAACCAAAUUUCGACAGGGAAGGCAAUGAGGUUAGGGGUUUAGGUUACUGGUUGGGUUUUGUGACGAGCCUGGGUGGUGAAAGCAUUAGGGGAGUGCUUAUUAGGUGGGCAAUUCUCGCUUUCGUUGCGUAUGGAUCCAAGAGAACUUGGGAUGUGAAAUUUGGUAGCGGGUUACCUUCUUUUCUGAGAUGAAGGCUUAAUCAAUAAUUUGGGGGUAUAUUCUUUUAAUACACCGAGGGAAUACAGAACCCAGCUAUAGAUAAUGAUGCUAGAAGACUUUCGUUUUCUUUACAUUUUGUUUUUACUGUUUGGAGCAAUCAUUUUAUGUUCAACUCCAAGCAAAUCCAAUUUCAUAUUACCAUCAUUCAGUCCACAAA